AGACGGACAAGCGCGUUGGCAACUAUCUUUGUGAAGUUCGCUGCUGUUGCUGCCCCAUUCCCUAAAGCAUCAUUUCUCAUUGCAAAGGUCGGAGAAUCCUGACGCAGAUCUUUAUAGUACUCAGCAAGCUCCGUCUUCUAUCCACAGUCAUCAUCUGUAAUACUUAUUAAAUUUCCAUAAACAGAAAGCCGGGGGGACGUAUGAGGUUUCUACUAGCAAUCUUGUAAUGCUGAGAUGACAGUCUCAAGAGAUGGAGCAAUGACCACCUGUCACUAAAAGCCAGAAAGGCAUGGGCAACACUCAUGCAAAGCGUGCCGCUGGUGACGAUGGGGUCAGUGAGGAUGGCAGCUUUGGCCCUGGAUCUCCGCCACCUAGCCCUGGACCAGGAUCUCCUCUCACAUACAGCCCGCAGAUGGCGAUGGACCCCAUGCCCAUGGCGGAGACUGUGCAGCUGGUGAGGGACCACGCAGCAGAGUUCCACGGCGUCGCUGCGUGGCCGGCGCAGCCCAAGCUGGUGCCCACUGUCAUCGUAUGGAGCCACGGGGGCGAGCAUGUGGAGGUGGAGGGGUCGUUUGACAACUGGGGAGUGCGGCACACGAUGCAGAAGUCCGGCAAGGACUUCACCAUCAUCAAGUUGCUGCCUCCCGGCGUCUACCAGUACAAGUUCAUAGUGGAUGGGGAGUGGAAGUAUGCGCCGGACCAGCCGGCGAUGCAUGACGAGCGGGGCAUCAUCAACAACGUGGUUGAGGUCCAGGAGUACGUGCCAGACCACCUCGAUUCCCUCAUCGGCUUCGAGCCGCCGCCCUCGCCCCCCGAGAGCUACGACAACCCACGCCAGGUGGCGGAGGACUUCGCGAAGGACCCCCCGGCGAUGCCGCCGCACCUGCAGCUGACGUUGCUCAACGUUCCCUCCUCCGAGGAGCAGGAGUCGCUGCCGCGGCCGCAGCACGUGAUCCUGAACCACCUCUACUGCCAGCGCAACAGCCGAUCCAUCAACGCGACCGUGGUUGGCACGACGCACCGCUACAAGAGCAAGUACGUGACCACGGUCAUGUACAAGCCCAAACGGCGGCGGGGCUCCUCCGCGCAUCGCAGCGCUGACACCGGCGGCGACCACGCCAUGUCCGGCGCCUGAUGAGUGGCCAAUUUCGUGCUACACCUGCGUGUGCACGUAUGCCAGCCUGGCCGCCAUGCUUGGCCAGCUUCAAGGGGGGGUCCUCCACUUGUGGUGCAAUCUUCAUUGGAGACCCGAGUGCACACGCCCCGCCGCUGUGAAUAAGGUGAUGAUAAUGAUGUUGGGAAGCCUUCAGUUUAUAUCGCUGGGGGGUUAAUCUACUGCCUCAGAAGGUUGAGCAGUGAUGAAUAAGUGAUGCAUUCUGGAGGUGUGAGGACCCAUACACUUGGAGCAUGAGGCUUAGUGCAUGCCGACAAGUGUGCGGCAGCCGGAAGCACCCCAUGCAAAAUGCUGUCAGUGAGAGUUACGACACGGUUGUGCGGAGCUGACAGAGCAAUGAUGGGACGUCACGUCUCAGACGUGCUGUUCAAGUGCAAGCUGUUCCGUGUGGCAUUUGAAAAAGAACAUUUGAGCAUGAUGGUGACAGAAUGUACUCUAGUCUGUGCAAUGUCCAGCUGUGUAAUUGCAAUUUGCAGCUGUCGAAACAAGUCGGUCUUGGAUAAGCAUCCCUCGCUCUCAUAAGGGUGUAAUGUAAGGGUGAGCAAGUGC